CGGUACCACGAGAGGUUCAAUUGGAACAAUGAGAAAUAUUAUGCUCUUUUAGUAUGUUCUUAUUGGUGGCCCAUGUUUUGGGUGCGCACCACCACCACCUACCGUACAGAGAUAUGUCUGUGAAGGAAAAUGUUUGGCAGUCCAGCAAAAAUGAACUUAGAUUUGAAGAUGGAAGUAGGUUCAAAAUGACUCACUCAAAUGACAAACUGUUAUAAAUCGGUGCUGGCUUUUUAAUGAGAUCAUCACUAUAAUGGUCUUCUUUCCCAUAAUAUACUUGACACACACUUUUCCUUUUUGUUAUGUUACAUUGAAUAUUUUCUCCUGCAUUUUUGUCAAGACCUUUCUUUUUUUUCUUUCUUUAGAUUUUAUUUACUAUUUAUCAGCUCAUUCCAUGGCUGUGUAUGGAAUUAUCUUUUAAGGGUUUUCCUGCCCUCCGUUUGAGUAGGCCCUGCAUCACGCGAUCCUCCUUCAAACCCAUCUUUGGUAUGGUCCGUGUGUUCCUGACAGAUUCCUUCCACAGAUUACCGUCCGCAGCAUGCCACGCCCGUCGCAGAAUGAGACUGCAUGCUUUGCACUUCGGCCGCAGCCUCUUGGAACUAAUCCUGUCUUUAUUUUGUCUUUUCUUUUUUCCCCAAUUUUGGUUCUCAUUUGCGCACGGUUGUGUCUUCUCUGCCUGUUCUAACAACUUCAAACUAAACUCCAAACUCCAAACCAAAAAAAAAAAAAACCCACAAUUUUUAAAUCUAAUAAAUGAAAAAAAAAAAAAUUACAAUUUCAUCCGUGGAUUUUGCCUCAUCGGCUGGUACUUCAUUAAAGGCGUACUACAGACGGCAGGACCUGAUGGAGGAGCAGGAUAGUUGUAACUGGGACCUGCAGCGGGAGGUGGUCCGCCAGCGAUCGAUGCGCUCCCCCAAGCGCCUCCACAGCAUCCCCGAGGUGGCCGAGGAGGAGCAGGAGGCUGGUGCCGAGCAGAAAACGUGGAAAGAGGAGAAAGCAAGAGAAUCCGAACGGCUAUCUGCGAACACACGUAUUCUGAAGCAGUUCCAGCGGCGCCGAUGCUUUUCGUCAGAGGACAGAACCUCAGCCUGGAGCAGCAGGCAGAACACCAAAAGCCCAGACAGUGGCCUGGACUGCGGGAGUGAAGACGAGAACUUACUGGCCCCCCGCGGUGGCUGGAACUGGAAUUGCAGCGGCAGCAUCCACAGCGAGGGCCCUGCAGAGCGCCGUGCGCUGGCGACAGGCAGGAAGAGGACGCUCACGCGCCAGUGUGGUGUAGAGGAGGACUUCCUGGACACAGCGGGUGACCUCAGGGAGUCGUACCACCACUACUACCGUCCACAUAUUUAUCACCAUCUUCACCAUCUCCAUCGGCCUCGGCACAGGUUCCGGAGCGAGAGCAGGCUGAGUGAGGUUGGCAGGAGCUAUAGCAGGGACAUUAGGGCUCACUCUGUGGCCAGACUCAACAGAGCAGUGGAUGAACCUCUGGUGUGUGUCUACAAAACCCCCCUCUUCCUCUUCCUCCUCCUCUUCCAGUCUCCAUCUCUCUCACGCCGCAUCAUCCACCAACUACUUUGCCCCUUCAUCGACAAGCAGUAAAACCAUUCCUCUUUUCUCAGUGUUCUGCCUCCUCAUUUAAUGGGUCCAUUUCCCUGUAUUUUUUUCUUUUCUUUCUUUUUUUUUUUUUUUUUUUUCAGAUGUUCAGAAGUUUCAGAAAAUUUGCUUCAUGGUCAUUUAUUGGUUGGUUCAGCUGUUUUAGUUUUGUUUUGUUUGUUCGUUUGUUUGUUGCUUUCUUGUAUCAUGUGAAUUCCUUACUAGAAUGUGAAGUGAGUUUUCUUUUAUGAACGUGUAGAUUUAUUUAUUUAUUUAUUUAUUUGCAAUUACCUAAAGGCCAUUUCUGAGUGUUUCUUGUUCCUAUGGAUUGUGAGCAGACUCUCAUAGAACACUGACAUUCCAGCAUGAAGAUAUCAGGUUUCACCAGUUGUUCAUGUAGCACACAGCGCACACACAGAGAAAUUAAAUAUUUCCCAUGCUUCUUCAGGACCAGACUUGAAAAAAAGGCAGCAACAUACUAAUGAUGGAUCAGUAGAUUUCUUACUCCUUAAUGGUAAGAAAUCUACAGUAUGAUGUUUCCAAGCGAUUCUUUUAUUUACACCAAGCCACAGAGAAAUUACCGAACAAAAACCUAAAUGGUCUUUAGCUAAACAUCUGAUUUGAAACCCUACCCAUGUCGUUGUUGGGGUUUGUUUUGACCGUUUCUGUUCAAUGUUUUCGAUGAGUUCAUCCUCCUUGUUUUCUGAAUCACUAGCAAUAAGCAUAUAGAUCUAAACUAUUGUUUGUAAACGCAUAACAUAACUGCUUUAGUUAUGGAUGUGGUGUCAU